UUGUCAUGUUUUUUUUGAUUAUAACGUCAAUGAAAAAAUUAAAAAAAAUAAAAAAUGAAUCAUUUUGGUUUCAAAAAUAAUCCAUUGAAUAAUUUACUUCAUGAUAUAAAAUCUUUAAUCUUUCAACAAGAUGGUAAUGAGCUUGCCACUAUUUUGUCUUUGGAAAAAUUUUCAUUAACAAAUGAUUUACGAAACACGUUGGUGAAUAAUCAGAAUUUGGAAAAUUCGGUGGCCAAAAUAUUAGACUCACCAUGGGAUGAUGUUGUCAUGAAUCAUUUUUUGUCAUUGCAAGUAUUGAUUAGUGGCCGAAAUUAUGCACUGGCAUUUGGCCAUCAAUGUUCAAUGAUUCAAGCAUUGGUCAAAGUUUUGACUCAAUCUAAAGAAGAAAAUUGGAUGCUUCCAGCCGUUUAUAUGGCUUCAAUCGAACUUCGUAAAUUGGCCAUCUGUGCAGAUACAACGGCCUCGGCGAAUACGAAUAAAAAAUCUGCUCAACCAGACGCCAACAUUGAAGAAGCGGCAUCACAUCUGAUGAAUCUGUUCCGUGUAUGUGCCAAUGAUUCUCGAACUUCGAUCGAGGUUAGCAAACGUAAAGGAAUGAUGAACAUUAUCAAUCAAUUGUUUAAAAUUUAUUUCAAAAUCAACAAAUUAAAUCUAUACAAACCAUUGGUACGUGCACUGGAAAACGCUAAUAUCGAUGAACAUUUCACAUUGGCUGAACGUGUUACAUAUUCAUAUUUCACCGGGAUGAAAUCAUUGUAUGAUUCGGACUAUAGAAAAGCUGAUCGUUUGUUGAGUUUUGCGUUCGAAAAAUGUCUACCUAAAAUGGAAAAAAAUCGCCGUAUCAUAUUGAUAUUUUUGAUACCAGUCAAAAUGCUUUAUUCUGGUUGUUUGCCUACCAAAACCAUUUUACAACAAUACAACCUAUUGCAAUUCGAAGAUUUAUGUGCCUCAAUCAAAGAAGGUAAUUUAUAUGAAUUUGAUCAGGCCAUCGAAAAGAAUUCAGAAUUUUUCUAUUAUUAUGGUAUCUAUUUUACAUUGGAAAAAUUAAAAGUAUUAGUAUAUCGAAAUAUAUUCAAAAAAGUGGCCAAAAUCGUUCAAAAUCAUCAGAUACCUUUGAAUCAUUUUGUGGAUGCCAUCAAUUAUUAUCAAUCAAAUCGUAACCGAAUCGAACUGGCCGAUGAUGACAAAAUGACAAUGGAAGAAGUACAUUGUCUUUUGGCCAAUCUGAUUGCCGAUAAUAAAUUAAAAGGCUACAUUUCAUUACAACACCAGAAAUUGGUCAUAUCGAAACAGAACCCGUUUCCAAAAUUAUCACCAGAUGUUUGAUGAUUGAGCAAAACAGUCGGCCAUUUCUUUGUUUAUUUCUUUUUUUUUCUCAUAUAAAAGUUGUGUUUUUGUGGAAUAUGUAAAUAUUGAUUUUCAACAAAAAAAAAAUUUGAAACAAUUAAAAAAAAUAAAAUAAAA